UCCUUUACUUUUCUCCUCAACUACUAAUCUUCUUCUUCUGUGAUUAAUUUAUCUGAUUGUAUUGAUACGAAUAGAAUGGCUACUGAAAUUCUGAGUAAAUCUAAUCUGUUUUCUCAUACAUAUUACUGUUCCUCUUCAUCUUCUUCACUCAAGAACUCAUGUAUUACUAACUCUUCUUUAAAAGUCCAACCUAUUAAGUCCUUUUUGGAUAGUGAUUUUCAUGGCCGAAGGAUUUCUGUUCAACAAAAAAUUGAAGGAAAAGAACCCAGAAAAGGAAAUCUUCAGGUUUUGCCUAUACAGAUGAGCCUUUUAAUUGGAAAAGCCCAGAAAUGGUGGCAAAAGGGACUUCAAGAAAACAUGAAAGAGAUUACAUCUGCACAAGAUCUGGUCGAUUCUUUGUCAAAUGCAGGAGAUAAAUUAGUUAUUGUUGAUUUCUUUUCUCCUGGAUGUGGUGGUUGCAAAGCACUUCAUCCAAAGAUCUGUCAAUUUGCAGAGAUGAACCCAGAUGUUCAGUUCCUUCAGGUGAAUUAUGAAGAGCAUAAAUCAAUGAGUUAUAGCCUCAACGUUCACGUUCUUCCAUUCUUUAGAUUUUACAGAGGUUCCCAUGGUCGUCUCUGUAGCUUCAGCUGCACCAAUGCCACCAUUACGAAAUUCAGGGAUGCAUUGGCGAAGCACACUACUGAUAGAUGUAGUAUAGGUCCAACAAAAGGGCUAGAAGAAGCAGAACUUAUUGCUUUGGCUGCAAACAAGGAUCUUUCCUUCAAUCAUACACCAAAACCAAAACCAACCAAAGAACAAGAACCUAUUCCUGCUGAACAACAGAAACCACAACCAAUUCCUGCAUACUUAAAUUAUGCACUUCCUUCGAACUCUUCUAAAACCAUCAAAGAUUCUGAUGGAAAAACUUUGAUCGCAGCCGGGAGAUGAGGAUAAUCUUGAUUCAAGUAAUAUCAACCCACAUUCCGUUUGACUAUUACCCUUUUUUUCUCCUUCUUAUGUAUAGAUUAUAGGUUCUUGUACUAUGUACUCAUCAUCCACCUUUUAGAGGGAGAGAUGGUGAUAGAGAGGAACACAGAUUACAGUUCUCCUGUGAUAGAGAGGAACACAGAUUACAGUUCUCAUGUGUUCCGAUUGUACAUAUAUGUUAUGGAGUUGCAGGCUGGUGUGUUUUUUUGACGUAACUUGCCUGCAUUUAUAGUGAUGUCCUUUUUACUUUGUUUGUCAACGCAUCUUGGCUUAGUAUGGAAUCUAUGGAUGAGCCAUUUGUAUCAAUAAUAUAUUAUUAUUGAUAUAUAGUUCUAUCAAUAAUAAUAUUAUUCAUUUGGGUCUUAGGUUAAACGGGGGUAUAUUUUACUGUAAAUUUUAGAUUCGAUUGUGUUUGAUCCAAAUGUAAAUUCGUUUAUCUGUUCUA